AUGUCAACAUCCAACUUACAAGCCUCGACAGGCAUCAGCCACUACACCUCGGCCGCGGCGCAAACCCUUGCAGUAGCACCAUUGGACCCGUUGACCGACCCCUCCGUGCCGAUCCUCCAUGCCUUGCCAUCCAACGUUGCCGUCUAUCGAUGCGCGACAUGUUCGGCCGAGUUGACGGUCCAGGACGAACUCGUUUCGAGGGCAUUCUCGGGAGGUACUGGGCCGGCUUAUCUCGUGAGGACGACGUGAGUCAUCGCGUGCGGUCCCAUGUGGGGGUGGUGGGGACGUGGUCGCCCGUGGCGACUCGAUGACCCUCGAUCGCCGGAAGAGCGCCCCAGAAGCCUGCAUGUAUAAGAAUUGAUCUAGACAGACCCACGUCCGACCUUCACAGCAUCAACACCUACACGGGCCCGAAGGCGACGAAGCAACUACUCACGGGCAAGCACAUCGUCUCGCGUGAGCUCACCACUUUAAGAAAGCUUCGAUCACGCUCUAAUCUACCCAACCAAGAGCUCAUCAAGUCGAAUCCCUUCAUUCACCACCAGCACUCUAUUGUAAAGGAUGUCAAAUCGAACUCGGAUGGACCUAUGUUCGUACUGAUCUCUGGAGAUCACCUCCAGAAUUGGAGCAGAUUUGGAGCAGAUAAUGGGGCUGACAGGUCACCUGACCUCGACCGUUUACAGCACGUCGCACCGGAUAGGACACAAAAGUACAAGGAGCACAAAUCGAUACUUGAAGAGGUACGUCUUUUCAGUGAAUCUGAAAAAGAUCGAAUGGCGUCAAACUCAGGGUUGAUCUGA